AUGAACUCCUACUACUCCAACUCUCUACCAUCGCCACCACCACACUGUUAUCCUCCAAACUAUAACUAUCCUCACCCUCCCGGUCCUCCAAAUUACAACUACAACUACCCGCCAGGACCACCUCAGAACUACAUCUAUCCCCCACCUACACAACAGCCUCAAAACUCCCACUACAACAACCACAACAACAACAUCCACUACUCACACACUCCUCCACCACCAUCACCCCAACCCUACCAACAAACCACACCCCCCUCAACCCUAUCCAUCACCUCCUCACCACACGACUCCUCCCUAACCAUCCUCACCCCAGACACAAACCCCCACUCCCAACCCCAAUACACAGCAAAAAUCAACAAAUACAGCAAACCCCACAUCACCCUCUUCCGCGGCUCCUCCCACCCAAAUCAACAACCCCCCCUCGGCACCGCCAUAAUGCACAGCUUCUCCUCCACAACCGACUGCACGCUCACCAGCACCCCCUUCCCCGUCAAAUACUCCUCCCUAUCCGGCAACUUCACCCUCACGCACCCGAUCCUCGGAACCUGCAAAUGGAAAGCGAACCAACUCACGGGCACAUCUCUCGAGCUGCUCGAGGACUCCGGAUCCGGUCGCAAGCUGGCGAAGAUCAAAGUGAUAAGUGGGUUGUCGGCGUUGAGCGGGUCCAAGAAGGCGAAGGCGAAGGGGAAGAGGUUGGAGAUUUUCGUGCCGUUGCCGGAGCCGGUUAUGGAUGUUGUUGUGUUGUCGGCGUUGGUGGUUAUGGUGGGGACGAGGGGGAUGAUGGAGGCGGGCGUGGAGGUUGCGGGGGCUGUGGCGGGGAUUUAG